UUUAGAACCGAAAGCAAGUGGUGAGAAGGAAAGAGAAAGUUCAAAUGGAAUAAAGGCAAGGCUACCCUUGACAUUUUGUCUUUCCACAAAUUGAAAAUCAAAACAAAACAAAAGCAAAAGCUUCAAAUUUACACACAACUUUUCCUUCUUUCUUCCCAUUAUAAGAUCAAACCUUAUUUCCUCAUUAUACCUUUCCUCAACCUAAGCUUCUAAAACUCUCCUCUUCUCCAUAACUCCCUCAUUUCUCUCUCUCUCACUCUCCCCCAAUGACAAAUCCAAAUCCAAUCCAAAAACACACCCUUAAUAAUGCUAAACAAAACCAAAAAGAUCCAAAUAAAUUUCAUUACAAUUUUGUAUACAAAACCGCCAUAGUUCUCAUUUUCUUUGUUAUUCUUCCUCUUUUUCCUUCUCAAGCACCUGAAUUCAUCCACCAAAAUCUUCUCACAAGAAACUGGGAACUCCUUCACCUUCUUUUCGUUGGUAUCGCAAUCUCUUACGGACUAUUCAGUCGUAGAAACCAAGAAACAGAAAACAACAAUAACUCAAAAUUCGAUACUGCACAAUCGUUAGUUUCUCGAUUUCUACAAGUUUCGUCUUUUUUCGAAGAUGAAACUGAUCAAAUUCAAAACACAUCUCAUGAGUCUGAAGAAAUUACCAAAAUUCAAACAUGGAGUAAUCAACACUACAGAAACAAACCAAUGGUUGUUGUAACUCCUCCACAGGUACAAAAACAACAACACUCUGUUUUUGAAGAUGAAGAACAGAGUGGUUUCGACGAAAAAGAAAAACCCUUGCUUUUACCUGUUCGAAGUUUGAAAUCUCGUUUAUCUGAUGAUGAUGAUGUUUUUCAACUUCAAUCUAAUGAUGGGUCAUCUAAAAUAAUCUCCAAAAAUAUUUCAAGCAAAUCGUUUAACAGAGUUAGAAAUUUUGACGAAUUUGAGGGAAAAGUGGAAGAAAAGAUAAAAGAAAAAGAGAACGUUGUUCUUCCUUCUCCUAUUCCAUGGAGAUCGAGAUCAGCAUCAGCAAGGAUGAUGAUGGAAUCGAAACAAGAAGAUGUUGAUAAAAAAACGUUUCAUGAAAAAGCUUCAAAGUCUUCAAUGGAGGAAUCUCGUGGUUUGAAGUUUUCUUCUUCGAUGAAAUUCAUUCCUUCUGAAUCAGUUGCAAAGAAUUCAGAGGAUUUGACGAAGAAAAAGAGUUUUUGUUAUAAGUCUUGUUGUCCUCCUCCACCACCACCUCCACCACCAACAAUGUUUCAGAAAUCAAGGUAUGGUUUGUUUGAUAAGGAGAUGAAGAAAAAUUUGAAUGGUGAGAAAAAUGGAAGGAGUGAAUCUCUUAUAGGGAAUGGAGAAGAACGAAUGAAUGAAAAAGAAGAAGAAAAAUAUCAUAGUUCUUCAAUGCAAGAAGGAACAGUUUCAUUGAAAUUUGGAGGGGAAGAGAAAGAAAGGGUAAUUGUGGAAAGUGAAGAAGAAGAAGAAGAAGAAGAAGAAGAAGAAGGAAAAGAGAGUACGGAAAGUGAAGAAGCAAGUAUGGAGGAAAAUAUAAAAACAGAAGAAGGACCUGAUGUGGAUAAGAAAGCUGAUGAAUUCAUAGCCAAAUUUAGGGAACAAAUAAGGCUUCAAAGAAUUGAGUCUAUUAAGAGUAGUACACGACGAGUACCAAGAAAUUCUUCAACUUGAAGAUCCUUAUGUAUAACUAUAAACUAUUCAACUGUUAUUAUUAAUAUUUUUUCUUUUAUUUUUAAAAGAUUGUAAUUAGUAAUUGAAUUAUGUCGUAUUUCUCCUUGGUAAGGAAUAGACAUGGGUCGUGUUUGUAAUAAUAAUAGGGGAAAGCAGAUAAGUUAUUGAUUGAUUCAG